GACGGACAAAAAAAGAAGGAGGGAUAAGAAUAGAGUGUGGAAGCCAGAUUGGAGCAGAGAGAAAAACUGAAGAUGGCUACUUGAGGACGAUUAAUAGAGCUUUACCCAGAUCUUUCUUAUAUACCUUGAUAUCAGGAAUCAUGCACCUCUGCCAUCAUGAGCUACAGAGGAUGUGAUGCCAUACCAUCCAGAUAAAGAUGCUCUGAAAGCCCAGGGAAUGGAUGGACGUAUGGAGAAAGUGAAAGAGGCAGAAAGAGAUAAAGAAAGUGAUACUGUGGAUGGAUUUGGGAGACAAUUUGCAGGUGCACUGGUUAGCCACCAGAAGGCAGCAGACAAACAUAAAUUCCACAGUGUGGGUCAUCAGAAAAAGAAGCUGAAGGUGCGUCCAGUAGCAACAUUGGGGAAAGGCUUUCCAAAAUCUAGAGGGCCUCAUAUUCAGGAUCUGUUCAGCGACCGCCCUGAUAAAACUCCCAUGCAGGAAGAGCGAGGCGGUGCAGGUGGAGGCCAGUCACCGAUGGAAGUGUUGAAACAGACUUUGCAGUCGUUCCCCGUUCCUGAUAAACUCAAUUGGGGGUCCAAAGAAGGAGACAAAUAUGAAGUCUUGGAGAAAAGCUGGACUGACCUAGUGCACUCUCACAAGACAAUGCCAAAGACCCAGAGACACCAGCAGGAGGCGCUGUGGGAACUCCUUUAUACUGAGAUCAUCUACAUCAACAAACUCACCAUUAUCACUGAUCUUGUUCUUGCUGCACUGGAGCAUGUUCACCGGCACGGAUUUCUUAAUGAGGUUUCAUCUGCCCAGCUCUUUUCUAACAUACCCUCCAUCCUCGAUGCCCAUAGAUGCUUCUGGCUUGAAGUGAUGCACCCUAUGUUGCAGAAUGUCAGAUUGACUGGCCAACCAUUUGACCCUUUAAAGCUUGAUCCAGGAUGUUUGCAAUUUGCAGAUCGUUUCUCUGCAUAUUUGGAUUAUUGUUGGGAGGAGGAGAGAAAUCUGGAGUUCACACGCAGACAGCAGGAAAUAAACCCACAGUUUAACAUUUUUCUUAUGUGGGUGGAGACUCAUCCCCAAUGUGGGCGAAUGCGGCUGGGCGACAUGCAGGCAAAGCCCCACCAAAGGAUCACAAAGUACCCCCUACUUUUAAAGGCCAUCCUGAAGACUACACAGGACUCAUAUACACAGCAAACACUCGACUGCAUGAUAAACAGUGUCAGCCAGUUUCUGGACAGCAUCAAUGACUACUUGCUUUUUAAGGAUGAUGAGCUGGCACUUUUUGCUAUGUCCCAAAAGAUAGAGGGAUAUGAAUUACAUGGGAUGAGUGAAGAAAUAGAAAAGCACAUGCAGGAGUUCUGCCGCUUUGAUUUAACUACUCCUAUACGGGGUACUGAACCCAAGGUCAUACGCAAGCUUAUAAUGGGAGAGACCCUGAAGGUCAGAGGAAGGAAGGACAGUAAGCUGGAGGUGGUGGUGCUGCUGUUUACUGAUGUGCUACUGCUGACCAAAACCCAGAAGAAAUCAGACAAGCAGAAGGUUGUGCGCCCCCCACUGUCCCUGGACAGAAUACACUGUGCAGAACUUAAGGAUGGCUACUCUUUUGUCUUGAUGGAGGUAAGUGAUCUUGGCUGCCCUGUCAGUGUGUACAGCGUUUCGACUCCCAGCCCAGAAAGCUGUGCAGUAUGGAUCACUACAAUCCACCAAGCCCAGGAAGCCUUGCAGUCUUUACGAAAACCUGAGGAGCCCCGUGAUCAGAUUCUAGAGGAGUCAGAAUACAGAAUACUUCCAGUCAGUUUACUGAACAUCAGUGACACAGAAGAACAGUUAGAGUACAAAAGUCAUUUUGGUUCUCUUAGGUUUACAACUGUACAGUUAGACAGAGAAGAGGAAAAUUUGCAUAACCAGCAUGUACAUUCCCAUUUUUUGAGCAAACAAAUGCAAAACGGAGAACAAAAAUUUAAUGACAAACACAACACGACAAAAGAAACUGAACAGAGAGACAGAGGUAAAAACGGACAUUGUGAAAGUAAAACAGACAUUGUGAAUAAUCUGACAAUUGAAAGACGGGUAACAUGGAAUCACAAAGUGCCAACACAAAAAAAGUCCAAUGCCUUCCCACAACAAGACUCAUUCGUUCACGAGACCAACAAAUCCAGCGGUCCACAUAAUCGGUUAGUUGGUGAAUUAAGGGAAAACAAGUUGCCAACCAGUGGACAGUUUUUAUUACCCAGUAAAUUUACACCAGCCGAGUCUGCAAUCAUUGUCGGACAGCAGCAGUCACAGAAACCAGAUCUGCGGCAGGAUUCUUGGUCUCACCAGUCAGGUGAUGAAAACGAGCCUCUUUCAGGUUCAUGGACAUUCACGAGAAUAUUAAAUUCUCCAAGGUUACGAAGGAAACGUCCCAUGAAUUCUCAGCCGUCUGCUCCACUCCAGGGCCCAAGGAGAAUGUCAGCUGAUGUAGGCUCAUCCAACUCAGUCUCAGAUUCUGAAGAGAACCAUAAUGUUCGCAGACCCUCCAAUACAUCUGUCAAAACCGAGGACCACCUGGUGCUUAAGAUGGCUUCUGUAAAGCAGAACCGAGGUGCUUUCUGGAAUGUUCCUUAUGAGAGGUCAUCAGAUUCUGAGUCUGAACUGCCAAAAGAGACAUAUAAUAAGAACUUCCAUCAGAAAAUACCCAAAAUUAAACCCCAGAGGAGUGAAUCCUUCCCUGAGAUAAAGUCCUCCCCUCUGCAGGGCCUACUGAAUAGGGCCAUGGAGCGGGAGAGGGAGCGUGGAAUAGCAAAAAUAGAGGGGAAACAUUUAGAAAAGACUUCUCUUCAAAGUUCCAACACUGACUGCACCACACUGUCAUCAUCACCAAGUAAAAGAGAGAGUGAGGCAGAGGACUGGGUGAUGUUCGGAGCAAGAUGGUUUGGCCCUCAUACAAGGACGGAAACCAGCGUGGACAGCAGUGACAAUGACAGGAAAAACAGACCUGUCACGCCACUGGGUGUAACUGUGGACUGGCCAGGCUGGUGCUUCGAUGAUGAGGAUGUGCUGGAGUUCACAGAUCUUGAUGAUGAAACAUCAGACUGGUUUGAAAAGACCCUAUCUAAGGCAGAGCUCCGGAAAACACCAAGACAUAGCGAUGCAGAUUACAGUGAGGUGUAAAGCCACCAACACUUAUGUUCCUUGCAAUGACAGAAACUACUGCCAGCUGGAAUCUGUUAUCUGCAGCACGUGUAGUAAGAUAUAGCUACCUCGGGGGCAGAAUGUAGUAAAUGCCACUGCUGUAUCCUUUGUAUAUAUUAGUUUAUCAUGUGUAUAUUUACAAUGCCCAUAUGAAUCCAUGUGAAUCCUUUACAAUCUUCUAUAUUUCUGCAUAUAUUUCACCUGAAAUGUGGCCAGAUCUUCUUUGAAGUCCUAAAGCUACUGUAGAUAAAGAAAACACAAUUGUUCAAAUAUUUUAUAGGUUUUACAUUUAUUUAUUGAUCAAAAUGAUCCCACAUUAAAUAUCUUUCUCGGAAAAGUUAAGAAUGAGAAAGAGUAUGGAUUCAUUUAAAUCUUAUCUGCAAAGGGCCGGUGUGGGUGCAGGUUUUCAUUCCAACCAAGCAGAAGUCACACCUGAUUCCACCUGUUUAAUCAGUUGUUCUUGGCUUUUAGUAGACUCUGGUGUGACUUCUGCUUGGUUUAAAUGAAAACCUGCACCCACAUGUGGAGUUCCCAAAAAUCUGGAGUUCACAAAAAGGCUUCACAAACAUCUUACCACAACUGAAAGUACAGCAUUUUGUAUUUAUUGUCUAGUAAAAAACUUUCUCAUGUUUCACAGAUGUUCAUUCUUUAUUAUAAGUAAAAAAAAAAAAAUCAAUGCACUGUCAUUAUUAGUCGAGGUGCAGUGAAGGCAAAAAUAAUUGAUGUGGUGCAGUUUUAAAUGCAGACAAAUUCAUUUCCAGGCAAUAAUCUCUCCUCAAAUUCUUACACUUUUCAAUGGACAGAUUAGAUUACACGGCUUCUUUUUAUAGGCUGUGCUGUACACUUCAUCCAACCUUACAAAAUGCAUACUAAAAUAAUUUAGUCAAACAAGGUUCACUUUCUCUUUAAUUGCCAUAUCUAAUAGUAUAUCUCACUUUUACUAUCAUUCACACAUUUCCCAAUGGACACGUGGCCAAAAUAUUUUUUCAUUAAUAUCAGUAUAUAGCAACCACUAGGUAACUACAAUUUUAUGUUUUUAUACAGUUAACAAGGCUCUCAGACAUGAGACAAAUGCUUUCCUGAGAAUGAUGCAUGCAAUAUGCUGUAAUAUAAUGUAAUUUAGCAGCAAAAGUUGUACAGUUGCACACAGUCUUACCCAAGUGACUCUGCACGCAAGCUGGAUUCUUCAGAAUAAGAAUACUGCUGCCAAAAAUUUGAUGGAAAAAUGAAAUAGCCAGUUUCUUAUUUUGACUGUGAUGUGAAUAUUUUCUUAUAACAGGCCCACCUUUUGCUUUUAACUGUCUCCAACUUCUUGUGCCCCACCCACUCAUUUUCCUCCACCCAGUUUUGUUCUAACUCUGUUAGAGCGCUUGGCCAGUUUUUACUCAUUUUUCUAGACAUAUGUGUUAUAACUAUAAGAUUUUGUGCACUUCUUUCUUUAAAUCAGAUCUGAAGAUUGAGAAAGUCAUCAAAAGCUUUUUUCUAUUAGAUUUGUCUUAUGUUAAGGAAUAGGUUCUUGUAGCAGGAUGCACCACUUCAUUUUUAAGCUGUUUGUAGAUAAAUCCAGUUAUUGUAUGUAAUAUGGAAAUUUUUGCACUCAGUUACAAGGCCUAUGUUAUAUGAUGUAACUAUAUUUAUGUGAAUAUGUAAAAAUGUAUACAGUCAUGAGUCUGGAGUCAUGUAGCGUGAAUAAAGUAGACCAAAUCAUCAGUG